AUGUCAGCCAAAUGGGAAGACACCGUCGUUCCAGCACUCAUCCAGAUACUCAAUGACAAACUGCUCUGGACGUCUAUAGAUUGUGUUCAACUCACCCCCUGGGAAGAAGAAGAAGGCGAAACUGCAGUCACUGCCAAAAACAUCGUUUGGAUUGCUGUUGUACCUGACACAGUGGAGCGAACACUUGGACUUGUUGUGGUCACGAAUUGCAUCCGUGUGCUAGAAAGCCAUGGAAUCAAUAAUAUCGAGGUUGAAAUUCGAGAGAGCGAGGUCUCCCUGCUUGCGGGCCAGCCGGGCCAACCUUUGCUUACUCCGCUAUCCAAUGACAUGGUGGGUGACUUUCGUCAUCCAUUGACUUUUGCGUUAGGUAUUCCCCUUUCGGCUUCCUCGAGUCCUCACAUCUUCGGCACUGGCUCAUUCUUUCUCAAAAACAACGAAGAUCUACUUCUCAUUGUUCCGCGUCACAUUGUACUUCCCUCUGACAUCGACAAUUCUGGAAAUGUGGUUUUCGAUAUCGACAACGAAGGCACACCAACGGUCGACAUCCUGGUGCCUAGCGAAACAAUUCUCUCCAAUACAGAGGCCCGGCUUCUAGCAGAAAUACCGCGUCAAACAUCACAAGAUCGUUUACUCGAGCUACAAAGCUUGCUUCGGGAUGUGCAGAGCAGGGCCGGGCAGGGUCAAGUCCUGGGUCAGCUUGUAUACUCUCCGCCAUUUGAAUAUGGUGGAGACGCCCUCUGUGAAUGUCCCUCCUUCACACAAGACAUUGCGGUCAUCAGGGUUGACAAGGCUUGUCUCCCCGACGACAAUGUGCCGAAUAUUGUUCAUUUGGGCACACAUAUCAACGAAGAUUUCUACGAUGGCAAACUCAAGCGCUACCGCUACCAUGACGGGUUUCCGAAGCCCACAUUGCUGCCGAUAGACGGGAUCGUCGCACUAGAUGAGUUGCGCGGAUUGGUGGACAACUGCGAGGAUAGCCUAGUGGUCCUAAAAAAUGGAGCCACCACCGGAACAACAAUGGGGCAGAGUCAAGUGUGUCGUUACAUGUCCUUCACACGACGGUACAUGCCUGAUGGCAAAACCCCCCACUCUGUCUCCAAACAGGUCCCCGUUCACUAUCUGUGGUCAGAUACAAAAGGGGAGAUGUUCUCAGACAAGGGGGAUUCUGGCGCUGCAGUGGUCGACAGGCAAGGACGGUUAGUUGGCAUCAUCAAUGGCGGACCUAAAGUGCAAGGUCCCGACAUCACCUACGUCACCCCCAUAACCGUGGUGCUUAACGCGAUCCAAGAAAAAUACCCUGCAGUCUGUUUCCCAGAUCUGGAGUAA